UUAUUCUGGGAUUGUCUUGAAUUACAAGAAUUCUUCUGACUCUCCUCUUUCUUUACGGUUCUUAAGCCUUAUUUCGGUUCAAUGUUCAAUUUUUCCUUAAAUUAACUGUAGCAUUGACAUUGACUGUCUUUUACUGACUUGUUCCUUUCACUAAAAGUCGUGAUUCUCACAGAAAACGUCGAACGCUCCUUCAUUUUUAGGUCUGUUUUAAUUUAACCCGCUGCUAAAUGAUGUAAUGUCUUUUCGGUCCUCGCGAGGGGUUGGAAAUUGACAUGCGUCCCUAUUCUCUAAGACGUAUUCCCUCGUUUUGAUUGGCUGAGGGAAAAGACUGGCGCGUUUGUUCGAGGAAGUGUCCGCGAUCAACACGUUUUUCUGUAUUAUGGUUUCAUACGUGGUUACGUUUAUGUAUUUCUUUAUCGCAACAUUCAAACCAAAUGCAAUCCAUACAUCUAGUCUGAUUUAGAUAAAACUGAAGUGAUGUUAUGUUGUCAUUGCGAUGAGUUUUUUAGUCAGUAGUUUAACACAGCGUUGUUCUACAUUUAAAUGGUAAUUUCAAACACACAUCAUGGAAAGCAAGAGUGGCCGGUUUCCUUUCCCCUUUCAACCGUAUCCCAUCCAGGAGAGCUUUAUGGAGGCGCUUUACACGGCUCUGGAAGAGGGCAAAGUUGGUAUAUUUGAGAGUCCAACUGGCACGGGAAAGUCUCUAAGUCUUAUUUGUGGUGCACUGACCUGGCUGAGAGAGCACGAGGAAAAGGAGGCCAAAAAACUUCUGGAUGUUGAUGCUGAAGGUUCACAGAAAGGAGAUGCUGAGAAUGAGGGGAAGAACAGCUCUGAGCCAGACUGGGUGUCUGAGUUUGUCCAGAAGAAGGCAGAGAGAGACAAAGUGGAUAAGUUAAAGGACGAAGAGCUGAAAAGAAAGAAAAGAGAGGAGAGGCUGGAGAUGAUCAGACACAACGCCCAGCUCAGAUAUGCUAUGAAGAGAAAAGUGGCUGAGGAUGAUGAGACCGUAAAGUUGAUGCAGCUAAGCAAAGAGGGGGCGGAGUCAGAAACGCCAGAUCCAGAGGAGGAGGGGCUUAUUGUUGCAGAGUACCAGAGUGAUGAGGAGGCCACACCCAAAAGCAGGCUUUGCGAUGAUGAUGAUGAAGAUCUGGAAGAGGAUCAUGUCACUAAGAUUUAUUACUGUAGCAGGACUCAUUCUCAGCUGGCGCAGUUUGUCCAUGAAGUUCAGAAGAGUCCGUAUGGGGACACCGUUCGCUUGGUCAGUCUGGGCUCCAGACAGAACCUGUGCAUUAAUCCAGAGGUUGUGCGUCUGGGAAACGUCCAAACGAUGAACGAUCGCUGUUUGGAAAUGCAGAAAAACAAACACGCUGCAGGGAAACGAGAAAAGGCGGCAGAUGCUGAGCCGAAGCGUCGCCGCGGUGUUGCCAAGGCGACGUGCCCCUUCUCGGGUUUUGAGAAUCUGAUGUCUAUGAGAGACGAGGUGCUGGUGAAGGUGCGAGACGUGGAACAGCUCCUACAGCACGGGCGGGCGACGAACACAUGUCCUUAUUAUAGCACACGGAUGUCUAUACCCGCAGCUCAGGUGGUGGUGUUGCCUUAUCAGACUCUGCUUCACGCUUCCACCCGCAAAGCGUCCGGGAUCAAACUAAAAGAUCAGAUCGUCAUCAUCGACGAGGCUCAUAAUCUGACUGACACGAUCUCAGCCAUACACAGUGUAGAAAUGAAUGGAGCACAGAUCUGCAGGGCUCAUUCACAGCUUUCACAGUACUCUGAGCGCUACAGAAGUCGAUUGAAGGCCAAGAACCUGAUGUACAUCAAACAGAUUCUCUUUGUGUUGGAGGGACUUGUGUCCACACUUGGAGGUAAAGUGGGUCAGAAUCCAAACACCCAGUCGUGUCAACCAGGAAGUGAGCUGCUGACCAUUAACGACUUCCUGUUUAGGGCUCAGUGUGAUAACAUUAAUCUAUUUAAGGUUCAGAAAUAUUUUGAGAAGAGCAUGAUCAGCCAAAAGUUAUGUGGUUUUGUGGAGAAAUAUGAAGGCAAUGGAAUAAACAUGCAACCCAGCUCUAAAAACAAAGAGAAUCGUCAUAUAGCAGGACUCGAACGUUACCUGCAGACGCUGCAGAACAAACCCACAGUUGUUUCAGAACAGCAGGUGGCAGUAGAGAUCAAACCCACCAUGGCCUCUCCAAUGAUGCUGGUUGAGAGUUUCCUUUUUGCGCUCACUAACGCCAACAAAGAUGGACGAGUGGUAAUACAACGACAGGCAUUUCUUGCCCAAAGCAGCCUGAAGUUUCUCUUACUGAACGCAGCAGUUCACUUUGCACAGAUUGUCCAGGAGAGCCGGGCCGUGAUCGUCGCCGGAGGAACCAUGCAGCCCGUUGCAGAUUUUAAAGAGCAGCUUCUGUUCUCGGCUGGAGUAGCAGAAGAGAGCAUUUUGGAAUUCUCAUGUGGUCAUGUCAUACCCCCUGAGAAUAUCCUACCCACAGUCCUUUGCACCGGACCCUCAGGACAGCAGUUGGAGUUCACGUUUCAAACCAGGGACACGCCACAGAUGAUGGAGGAAACGGGUCGUGUUUUAUCAAACCUCUGUAACAUCGUACCAGGGGGUGUGGUCUGUUUUUUCCCCUCCUACGAAUACGAGAAGAGAAUUCUGGGACACUGGGAGAGUAACGGAGUCCUAAAGCGCUUAGAGUCUAAAAAGAAGAUAUUCCAGGAGCCGAAGAAAGCCAAUCAGGUCGAGCAAGUGCUCGGUGACUAUUCUAAAUGUAUUCAGCGUUGCAGUAACGCGGAAGCUGGUCAGACGGGGGCGCUGUUAUUUUCUGUGGUUGGAGGAAAAAUGAGUGAAGGAAUUAACUUCUCCGAUGACCUGGGCAGAUGUAUUGUUAUGGUUGGGAUGCCGUACCCCAACAUCAAGUCACCAGAGCUUCAGGAGAAGAUGGCUUACCUGGACAAACAUAUGCCUCACGUAGAUGGCAAAAGUCCUGGGAAAGCAUUGGUGGAAAGUCUCUGCAUGAAAGCUGUCAAUCAAUCCAUCGGCCGUGCGAUCCGUCACCGUGGAGAUUACGCGUGCAUCGUUCUGUGUGACCACCGUUACUCACGAACAGGCACGCUGCAGAAACUUCCUGAGUGGAUUCGAUCCAGCACACGCACGCAUACUAGCUUUGGUCCGGCGUUCGCCAGCAUCAGGAAGGUGAGAUGUUUAAAAACACGACGUAAAAACACUUUACUAGAAUACUAGAAUGGAGUCGUAUCUUGUGCUCUUCUAUCCAGCUGUGUGAUGUUUUAAUGAGACAGACAGUUGUUAAUGUGACUCUGUGUUCUCCAGCUGUGCUCUCUGUUGUAAUGAGCGGAUGCUGUCAGGAUGAGGAUGUUUGCUGGCAGUAUGUUCACAGUCUAAUCAUUUAUUUGAUUCCUCCACAGUUUUUCCUGGAGAAGCGUCAGAGGCCGUCGCUCUGAACAGACCGGAGCCCGUCGGCUGCGCGUGUUGAAGUACCAGUUGUGCGUUCUGCAUUAUAAAUGUGUGUUAGUACUCAGGACGUGUUAAAUAUUCAGUGGCACCUCUGUCCUCAGGUUCUGAAGUUCAGCGUUUCUAAAUUCACUCCCGAGAUCUUGAUUAAAGCUUCUGUUUUUUGUGAUUUAAAUGCUUGAUUUCUAACGCACAUAGUUUAUUAUGAACUGUACUUAAGCUGCAGAACGCAAGAGAUGAGUGUUUAAUUUAAACAAUGUAAAAACAACUCAAACUUUCUUGUCCUCAUUUGAU